CGCUUCUGCUCAGUCAUAUCACUUGUCACAACAAUUCCAACCAAAACAACUGAGAAAUAAUAUACACUUGUCACUUGUUGAUUUUGACACUACAAAUUUCAACAAUUAAUCAUUAUACAAUUACAAUAAUUAAUUAAAAAAUAACUGUAACAUGAUUUUUCAAAGAAUCUUACGGCUUGCAAGAUCUUAUAGCUCCCGUAUUUCCUUUAAUGGCUUACCGUUCAUCUUUUCUAAAAAAUAUUUCCCAGUAAAAAAACUUCCAGCUCCAUUACCAAUAAUAUCUCUUGGACUUUGGGGCUUUGCAAAAAAAGAUGAGCUGGAUAUAAGCUCUACCAAGUCUAGAAAUGCUUUGUUUUCAAAAGUUGACGCGUUGUAUGAAAAUCGGGAGUAUAGCAAAGUGCGGGAUAUUUUGGAUCAACUCAGAGAUUCGAAAGACGUUGAAGUUUUAUGGCGACUCGCACGAGCUCUUUAUAAUAUUUCAAAGACAGCUAGUGAUGUUGGAGCUAAAAAACUUAUUUAUGACGCUUAUAAUCUAAUCACUGAAGCUGCUGCUAUAGAUGACAAGCAUUGGGCUGUUCAUAAAUGGACCGCGAUUUUGAUUGAUAGCAAGACUAAUUAUGAAGGGAUGAAAGAAAAAAUUAAAACAUUGAAUGUUGUUAAGGAACAUAUGCUGGCAGCAAGUGAACUAAACCCAAACGACGCAACAACACUGUACAUGCUAGGCAACUGGUGUUACUCUGUCGCCGACUUGGCGUGGUACCAAAAGAAAAUCGCCUCGGCGAUUUUCGGAAAGGUUCCAGACUCCUCUUUCGAAGAAGCGCUGCAGUACCUGGAGGCUGCUGAAAAAGCAGAUCCGCUGUUCUACAGCCACAACCUUCUACUCUUGGGGAAGACUUACCUGAAAUUGGACCGCAAGGACGAGGCGAAAAAAUUCCUGAAGAUGACUGCGGAGUUUCCUGCCAAGAACGAUGACGAUCAGAAAGCCAAGCAGGAAGCCUCCAAGAUUUUAAACUCUUUUUAGUUUAGAGUGAAUGCUGUGAUUGAAGAUGAAAGAUGAGUGACUGUGAUGGUGUCGGUAAGCGAAUGUGAUUUUUUUUUAUUUUUUCAUUGAGCGAUUUUUUAUUUUUUUACUUAGAUUAUUUUUUUGAGGAAAUAUUUUUAAAGUAAAUCAUAAAAAUUUUAUUUUUUGUUAAAAAAAAAAUUAAAUAUCUAAUCUAUAUUAUUAAGAGAGAAACGGGAUAGUCAUGUGAUAAAAUCGAUUUUUUUUAGUGAAAUUUUUAUCCUUAGAUACAUAAUUAAGAAAUGGCCUUGUAUCUCGUGAACUAAU